GCGAAAUUGCGAUUUAUCGUAAACAACACGAAUUGAGUCCAUAAAAGUAUUUUCGCCCAAUUUACGACCGGUGGCGGAGUGCGGUGCCGCGGAGUGCAUUGCGAAAUGCAAGUGCGUUGCGUAGCUCUGCUGGCGUUCGCGCACGCUGCCAUAGGCAGCAUCUUCCCCGUGCCUAAUCACCUGAACGAGGUGAACGUCGCCACAACCUCUGGAGCCGUCAACAACACGAUAGCAGGGAAGAGUUUGGUAGUGGCGAGGAGAUCUGGGCAUCGGAUGAAGGCGAGGAGAUCCACGUCUUCGUCGUCGGGAGAAAAAAUGAUCGGGAAAAGUAAGAAAUCUUCAGGAGACUCUCUGGGACUGCAGUCGUCCGGAGAAAGCUCCUCUGAAGAAAAACAACGCAAACCGCUUGUAGGAGGAGGAUGGAGAAAAUGGCAUCGCAAGUGCACCCCAUGCCCCGAGGAGAUGACCAAGAAGUGGCGCGACCCGACCAUCAAGUGGAUAUGCGGCGGCUACCAGCGCGCGCGGCGCUCCUUCAAGAGCGAGUGCAUGAUGUACUACAGGAACUGCCAGGAUGGCACUAUGUUCGUGAAGGUCAACGACCACCGCUGCGACGAGUCAGCCAUGGGCUACCAAGGCGGUCGGCACUUCUUCUACGACUACCAAGUCAAGCUGCCGGACGACACCAGCGGCAAGAGCACGGAAACUGAAGAGUCUACCGACGAGGGCUCCUCCAGCUCCGCGAGGAAAUCUGAUAGCGGAGACGCUUGAUUAUUUAAUAAACACUUUUAAAA